GCCGAAUUUUCUAGCUGUGCGUUGCUUGUUGUUAAAUGAAGGACGAAGAUGCCCUUGCAGAUUUCCUAGCUCAUAAAAAGCGUCUAACAGAUAUAUUUUUCCCUAAUUCAAGAUCAGCUAUUAUUUCUCAUGAUACGAGUGCUUACGAUGAAUUUUGGAAAUUUUUGCUGAGAUUGCAGAAAAUUGUCAGAAAAAGUUUUUCUGAAGUUCGCUCGAAUUGUGAAAAUUAGAAUAGAUCAAAGUGUUCUACCAAUCGCUAACUUUAGAACAGAAUUAUUAUCUACACUAUCUAAACAUCAAGUUGUGAUAGUUGCUGGUGAUACUGGUUGUGGAAAGUCAACACAAGUACCACAGUACCUAUAUUAUGGUGAAUCAAACUCAAAUGAUACACCUGGACCUAACUCCUAUCAAAAUAUUGCUGUUACUCAACCUCGUCGCAUCGCGUGUAUUAGUUUGGCCGCACGUGUAAGUACUGAGAUGUUGAAUGAAAGAGGCUCCAAGGUUGGAUAUCAAGUCCGUUUUGAACGAAGUCGUACUAAGGCUACACGAAUUCUUUUUCUCACAGAAGGUUUAUUGUUACGUCAAAUGCAGAUGGAUCCAUUUCUGAGCGACUAUGAUGUUAUCGUUCUUGAUGAAGUACAUGAACGUCACUGGCAAACUGACUGUUUAUUAGGACUUGUUAAAUGUCUUAUAGUUGUCCGUCCAAAACUUCGUGUAGUUCUCAUGUCAGCUACCAUAAAUGUGAACACAUUUGCUAAAUUUUUUAAUGAUUGCCCAAUUAUACAGGUGCCUGGACGACUUUACCCCAUCGAUUUGCAAUACAUUCCACUUAGUCCAGUUGAAAUUGCCAACACAACUGACAGAAUUGAUCCUGCACCGUAUAUUCGUUUACUAAGACGAAUCGAUGUUACAUAUCCCGCUACUGAACGAGGCGAUCUCCUGAUCUUUUUAUCUGGAAUGGCUGAUAUUCAAGCAAUAAUGGAACCAGCUAAAGCAUAUGCUGAAGAAACAAAACGAUGGAUUAUUUUACCAUUGCACAGUGCAUUAUCUGCAUCAGAUCAAGAGAAAGUUUUUCAUGUUGCUCCAGACUGUGUACGUAAAUGUAUUUUAUCAACAAAUAUCGCCGAAACCUCCCUAACUAUAGAUGGAAUAAGAUUUGUAGCUGAUUCCGGCAAAGUCAAAGAAUUGAGUUGGGAUUCUAAAGCACGAAUGCGUUGCUUAAAAGAAUUUUCAAUAUCUAAAGCAAGUGCUAAUCAACGUAAAGGUCGUGCUGGUCGUACAGGUCCUGGUGUUUGUUAUCGUUUCUAUACUCAAGAGGAUUAUGAUAAUUUUGAGGCAUUUAGUACCCCGGAAAUUCGUCGUGUUCCUUUAGAAACACUUGUUUUACAGAUGAUGGUCAUGGGUUUACCAGAUAUAAAAAAAUUCCCUUUCAUUGACCCACCUGAAAUGAAAUGCAUUGAUGAAGCACUUGAUAUAUUAAAGUCACAUGGUGCAAUUAUUCCACAGAAUAACUUGUUAACGGUUACGCCACUUGGCCAAUUAUUAUCUGAUAUACCAGUUGAAUUUUCAAUAGGUCGUAUGUUAAUUAUGGCAUCAUUAUUAAGAUUAAUUAAUCCCGUAUUAAGUUUAGCUGCUGGUAUGGCUAUUCAGUGUCCAUUAUUACCGUAUACAGCUUUCAGUGGAGCAGAACAAACGCGUCGAAUCGAAUCACUAGCUGAAUAUGAAAGUGAUCAUGGAGAUGCGUUUACAUUGGUUAAUGUUUUUGAUGAAUGGAUUAAGAUGAAAUCGGAGGCGACUGGUAUUAUUAAACAAGAUCAUGAAUUAGACGAAUUUGAUGAUAAUAAUAAUAAUAAUGACAAGGGAUGUAAAAACAUUCAACGAUGGUGUCGUCGUAUUGGAGCACAACAGCAACGUCUUCAUGAAAUGGUCCGAUUACGUAGUCAAUUCGCACAGUUGUUAAAAGACAGUGGUCUUCUUGAUAGUAAAUCCACAGAAUUCGAUCAAAACCCAUCCAGAACACAACACUUUAAAAAUUUAAAUUAUGCAAGACGUAGUGCACGAAUGAAAUCUAAACGACGCCGACUUCUGACUUUACAAGAUAAUUUGAGUGAUAACUCGGAAUCUGAAAAAGAAGAUCAUCAUACGGAAAGUGAUUCAUCUAAGUUACGUAAAUGGUUAAAUGCGUCGAGCCGUUGUUCAUCAACCAAUUCAUCAAAUGUACCUGUACAAGAUUUAGAACUAGUAUUAUGUUACAAUCUAUCAUCUUUAGCGCAAUCAGCUAAUAUUCAACAAAACAUGACACAAGCUGAUCUUCAACUAUUAAAAGUUGUAUUAGCUGGUGGUAUGUAUCCUCAGUUAGCUAUUGGUGAUCCAGCAAACGCUUAUCGUGUUGCUAAUCGUGGUGGUACAGCUGGAGCUGGUGCUGAGAUGGUAUUUCAUACUAAGAAUAAAGGUUUUGUUACACUUCAUCCAAAUGAUGUAUUCGUUAGAAAACCAGAUGUUUUAUUUCCUGAGCGUACUUCAAAAAAACGGAAUAAUAAUCGUCCGAACCUGUCAAAGAUACAAAAAUCACAAACAUCAUUACCAAAUAAAAAUUUGAAACAAAAAAGAGAUGAUGAUUUCGAUGGUGAACAAACAGAAGAAGAAAGUAUUCUUGAUGUUUUACCGUCUGGCUUUGCAUACGAUCAUCAAUUACUUAUGUAUCUGGAUUUAAUGGAAACAACUAAACCUUUUCUGGUAAAUACAAUACGGGUCCCAGCAUUACCGACUUUGUUAUUAUACUGUCGGGAAGUGGAUACAAAUGCUGACAUUUCAAGGAUUGUUUUCGAUUCAUGGUUAGAAGUACGAUUAUUGGAUGUUGAAGCUGCACAACGUGCUGUAGCUACUACUAUUUGGUUACGUUCAACAACGCAAUGUCUUAUGGAAUAUGAACUUGCAGAAUGUUUACGUCGUCGUGAUCAAACACUCACUGGUGAUAGUGGUAACGGUUGUGAUAAUGGCAAUACAACAACUAAUAUAUCAACAAAAUAUUGUUCUCCUAAAGAAAAUGAUAAUCAACGAAAAAUUCGUCGGCUACAGCGUAUAUUGUCUCAUAGUUUAGCAGCAUUUUUAGCUGGUCAACCUGGUGGAGCAUACUCUAUUAAACGAUUAUUAGCAGCUGAUGUAAAACAAUUGUUUCGAAAACAGAAUAACAAUGAUAUCUGUGAGAAUCAAUGUAGGUUUUUUUUAUAUCUUCCAAAAACACCCAGAUUAUUUAGUAGUAUUAGUGAGGCCUGUGUGAUGAGGCCGUCAUCAUGAGAACAGUUGUGUUUUCUAGUCCAAUCAUGGAUUAAAUUACAUUCAGUGUAUGCCUGUGGGAUCGAUGAGUUGUUUUAUCAAUGACCCAAUGACCAGUAAACAACAACUGAGAGCUUAACACCUAUUGGUUUUCGAGCAACUACCAACCCAGUGUCCAGUCCAUAUUGUACUUUAUUAUUUAAUUAUCUGAACACAGAAAUAUUGGUACAAAGGGGCACCGAAUACAUAUGCGCCAUACAAGUCACUUGAUUUAUGUGUGGUCUAUGAUACUGCCUGGGUGCCCAAACUGACGCACGUGUUUUUCUUAAGGUGCCACACCCGGAGCCUUUGACCUAAAGGUCUGAUCCAGAAGGCAGUAGGACAAUGCAAGCAGAUGCAGUCCCAUAGCAACCAGUGACCAACAAUAGUUUCAUAUGCAAUUUGUUCGUUCAGGAUAUUGUAGCCCAUGUGCACCAUUGGUUUGGAAUCAGGGUUUCCCAACUCCCCCAGGUGGACUGUCCGUGUUCACCAACCCAGUUAAGGCGCCUGACAUUCACUUUUUUCCUCUCAAUUUCGUAAACAACACCUCCGCUUUGAGAAGGCAGUGAAUAGGACUUCUAUGACAGUGGCUGUAUACGCGUGGCCAUGUGAGAGCAUUUCGAGAAGGAGAGCUGACUGUUCUUAACUUCGAACAUACCAGGACAUUUGAGGGCUCCAUAUUGUACAGUAGUUCCUUUUAGCUUAAACACUCAUGUAUGUAUUCGGAUGAAUUAUCGGACAACAGCAUCCUAAAUAUAAAAUCAUGAUUUAUACAUAAUAAAUCCAUAAGUAGUAGAGAAUCGUAAGAGGGUAAACAAUUAGCUAAUAAUGGUCAAGAAGCAGUACAGUGUUGCUACAGCUAAGGAGUCUAAUGAAUGCAUACAGCACAAAGAAUAUAGAAAUACGGUGAUCCAUAUACCUCAUAAUUACACAAAUAUAGACAUAAAAAAUGAUGAUCUGUAAAAUAGAAUUCCAAAAGUUACGAUUUCUUAAAUACUCGUUUCAUAACAUCAGUUCUAAUGAAAGCGUUAUUCUUUUUGUAUAUUAAGUGGCAUGAGAUAACGAUUUAUUCAACUAGGUCGUUCAGUGUUUAAAUUAAUUGAUGACAUUGACUAGCAGUUGCACUAUAUCAAAAAUUCGGAGUUGAAAAAUACAGAUCAGUAGAUAUAUGAGGAGAGUCCUCCUCAGUGCGAAAAUUGGACAUACAGAUUUCAAUCGUGUAUGACUUUUUAACGAGAUCUCAAAAUAAAAUAAUAGAGCUUAUUAAUGAUUUUUCUCCGGUUCCCCAUGGUUCUUCAGGCGGUAAUAUUCGGUGAAUAAAAUUGUUUACAAGUUGAAAUUUCUCUGACGUUCUUAUAUUCAUUGAUCUAAUCUCACAUACUGACAACUCUCAAAAAAGCAUUCAAGCCCCCUAUUGUGCUUUGGUUAAUGACAACUUGUUUCAACCUGUCAGCCAAUAAGAGGCUUACGAACUUUUAACCUC